AUACUUCUUUCGAUUAUCAAAAAAGGUAGAAGAGAAUCAUUGGGUAAAUAUAACAUUAUGGGGAAUUGCUUGUUCAAAGGAUUUGGAGAAGUUGAGCAAAUGAUAAAAGUGGUGACAUCAAACGGCGGCAUCAUGGAGCUCUACGCACCAGUUACAGCAGAGUCCAUCACAAACGAAUUCCCCGGCCACGCCAUCUACCGCACCCACGACCUCUUCUCUCAACCCCUCCUCCACAACGAAGAGCUACGCGCCGGAAAACUCUACUACCUUCUUCCAUUCAACGCCAACCAAUUUUCAAGACAAUUAGAGGACAGUACUAAUGAUAAUCACUUAGGCAGCUCUACGCCUUAUCAUCGCAUGUCGCUUGAUAAUCAGAGGAUAUUGAGGCGAACUGAAGCGGAGGUGUUUCCGAGGUAUAACAGCAGCGGUGUGUGGAAGGUGAAGCUGGUGAUAAGUCCGGAACAGUUGGCGGAGAUAUUGUCGCAGGAGGCUCGAACCGAGGCUUUGAUCGAGAGCGUGAGGACGGUGGCCAAAUGUGGGAAUAGUGUGUCGUCUAGUAGUUGGAAGGGAUCGUCGUCGGACAUACAGAGCCCGUAGAGACGGACUUUUUCUAUUUUAUUCUAGCUGUACUUAAUUAUUCCUCACCUGAUUCAUGCCAUUUAGUUAAUUACCAAUUAAUUCUUGCUUAUUUUA